AUGUCCUCGGAACGCAAACUUAAAUUACCUAAGCUUCCAAAAAUACCAAAAAUAUUAAAAAAGAAAAAAACUCCAAGUGUUGAAAUGACGACCAACCGACCUGAAAUUAGUAAUACCGUUUCUGAGCCUGAUCUCGAAAAAAAGUUUGCUGAAAACCUGAGUUUGAAGGACUCAUAUGACCUCAAGGAUGAAAAACAAGAGAACACAGCUUCAGAAACUAAAUCCGGAGCGUCUAUUGGUACGGAAUUCACUUCAAAACCGGUAGCAAAUGUUGAAGGUGACAUCGAAAACUUUGCAGUAAGACUAGGACUCAAUAAAUUCACAAAAAAUAAAGAUGAGUGGAAGAAAUUUUAUGUCUUCGCUGGCUCAGAUUUCGUUUGGCCUCAACCCCCGACGGACAUUAAUGAGCGUCGCUUAAUUUUUGAUUAUGUCAUCGAUCCAGAUUGGGAUCCAAUCGGGGAGGAACUCGCCACAAAUGCACUUGAAUAUCGUCGUUUACUCGAAUCCGACACUCUUGAUCCAUUGCAGGGUACACAUAUAUUAAUCGUUCAUGGGAAAUUUGUUAGGUACGGAUCAAGUAAAGAAGAAAAGAAAAUGAGGGAGGAUUAUCCGGGGUGCUAUUACGUACCUGUUAAAGAACGUAUUGUUGAAUUGCGUAGAUUUUCAGCAUCUGAUGCUAAUACAAAUGCAGGUGCAGAGAAAGAGUGGCAGGUCCAAGGUUUCCGAAUGAUAAUGGAUACAGGCGCAACAACGACUGUAAUCCCAUACUUUAUAAGAAGAAAACUAUAUAGUGCUCAAGAUGGUUGGAGUCCAAAUCCUAGUAGAGCUGAUGGAUAUGGUGCUGGCGCAAAAAUGUUUCAGGCUUCAAGAGAUUGGUACAUUUGCUUAGGUGAUGGGAUCAACUGGUCUGGUUGGGUUAGGACAAACGAAAUUCAUUCAUGGCAAAGUAAUCCAGCUGGUGUCACAUGUGGUGUAAUUGGUUACGAUGUUCUUAACAAUAUUCCGCAUUACAAACCCUGUAGGCAACCCUACGUAUUUCUUAAAAACGAUAUUUUCGGCCAAAUACCACAAUUACAA